AUGAAACUACAACGGGUACGGACCCAUGACACUCCCCCCUCUCUGCAUCCCAAAUACCUCCGGAAGGAGGACAGGUAGUCAUUCCUUUGGUCCGUUCUGGACCUCAACAGCAGCAGCGAGGGGCACCAGAAGGACGACACUCCCUCUCCUACCUCCUCCCCCAAACCCAGGGAGGGGAAGAGCCCCCCAAAGAGGAAAGCCACCACUAUAGGACCGGACAUAGAGCUUAUUCCUAGCAGAAUGAGAGAACUCUUCAUCAACUUGUCCAAGAUCCCUCUCCUCCUCAUCCUUCUCCUCCUCGUCUGUUCUUUAGAGACACUGAGUUCAGUGUUCCAGCUGGCUGGCGGUGAAUAGCGAGGGGACAUCUUCAAGGACAAUAUGGUGCUGCCUAACCCAUUAGCCGGGCUGGUGGUGCAGAUACUGGUCACAGUACCGGUUCAGAGCUCCUCCACAUCCACCUCCAUCAUUGUGUGUGUGAGUGGUUCUCUUCUUCUUGGUGUGCGGUCUACUGUUCCUAUCAUCAUGAGGUCCAACAUCAGGAUGUCAGUCACCAACACCAUCGUAGCCAUGAUGCAGGCGGGGGAGAGGAAUGAGUUCAAACUGGUGUUUGCUGGGGCUACCAUCCACUACUGUUUCAACUGUCUGUCUGUGCUGGUGCUGCUGCCGAUGGAGGUGGCUACAGGGCUGAUGACCCACUUGGCCCACAUUGUGGUCACCAGCAAUACAAAUACCUAAUGAAUACCUGUCAUAAACAUCCAUUCUCUCCCCUCUCUCCGUCAGUUGGAUAGCAUGGGAGAUGAGAGCAUGAGGAACAGGAGCCUGGUGAAACACUGGUGCCACACCAAUCUAGUUACGGUACUGACCUCUGUCAACACCAUCACUGUCUCAACACUGUCGCCUCCCCACUGUCAUCGCUGUCAUCAUUGUCACCCCCAGAUCAUCUGUCUAACCACGUCAUGGUCUCAACAAUGGUACCAUUUGAAAGGAAACACAGAGGAGACCAAGUUGCAGCGUGGAAGGCAUCUGUUUGCUAAUGCGCAGCUGUCAGACCUGGCAGUGGGGCUGGUCCUCCUGGCCUGCUCCCUGGCCCUGCUCUGUUCCUGCUUGGUGCUCCUGUUCAAGCUGAUCAAGGUCAAGAGGCAAAUGUCAUCUAGAAGGUCAUCAACACAGACUUGCCGUGCAAUUUGGCCUACGGGCUACCUGGCCAUGUUCGUGGGAUCAGGGAUGACCUUCAUUGUCCAGAGCAGCUCUCUCUUUAUAGGUGAGGGACUUCUGGCUAGGAAAGACAUCUACCUACUCGAUUCCAUGCACGAGUAA